AUGGCAGACCCAAGGCGUUUCCCAGGCGAAGGUACCCUGGCCAGCGAACUGGCCAGAGUACUACCCGAUGGCAUCGCAUUCACCGCGCACCACAUCUCGACACCGCCCACCGUAACAGAACCGCUGUGCUACCCCCCAGCAUAUCCGGCCAACGCACACGAUGGGCGCAUAGACACCCUGGCCGACGUUCGGGCGAGGAAGCCGCUCAAGACUUACUGCGAGAAGCAGUUCCUCGCCCUUUCCAUACCUGUGCCGCACACGAAGGAUGCCGUUCUCGCUUUGGCACUGGAGAUAUACAUAUACACAACUGCUCACACGAGUAUUAUAUUUGUCGCAAAGGCUGAUUCUACGGGCUAUCUGGGUCUGUUGGACCUGCCGAAAGGGACGCCUUCGCCUAUUCGCGAGGUGACGACGGCGUUCGUCUCCUACCUCAUUGCGCACAGGAAGCGCAGGGGGGUCCAGUUCAUAGUGAAUCUAUUUGCACGCGCACAAUCGCAGUAUCUCUUCCCGGGGAGUGUCAAAAAUGCUGGGAAACAUAUACUAGACGACACGGGUUUGGUGAAAUGGUGGUGCCGGGUCCUGAACCCGCUCCUGGAAGACGGCGUGCGGGCGAGGUCCUGGGGAAGCAUCCAUGGUUACCUUGUGAUCCCUGGUCUAGAUGACUAUGAGACGCGUGCAUUCUUGCCUCGGGUCCCUUCGGCAUCGAGCAAUUGGACCCUAAGGCAUCCUCUGGAGCGCAUCUCGCCAUAUAUAGCCGAUCCUAUCACCUAUGGCAGCAACAUUCCGGUACGAUGCCUGAUUCCCACCUACCCGGAUGACCCCAAGGCGCGAUUCGUCGAGGAGCUGGAGGAAUCGACAUCGGAAAGGGCCAAACUUGUGGGUGGGUGGAAGAGUCCCAAGACUCUUGGCCAGUUCUGGGAGAUGAUGGCAUUUCGCCAGGAGUGUUCCAGUGGAAGAUUGACCGGCUUCAUAUGGCUGGUGUUUGAUCCUGCUUCGUCGUCCAGACGGACAGCUGCGACAGAUGCGACGGCCCGUAGUGCAGCGGCAUUCAUCCAGACACCCAACGCCUCCUUCAGCGCCGCUCCCGAAUCUGCACCCGCAGCCCGACCUUUGACGCCAGAACGAAGCCAGGGGUUGGAAGCAAUGACAACUCCAUCAGCGUCUCAGGCUACGCCCGUCAAGCCGAAGCCGAAGAGGCCACGAAAGAGAAAGGUGCUCCGUGGGCGCAUCAUCCCCCGUCAACCGCGUAUCAAGACACAUCAGCGAGCACAUUUCCCCAAAGAGACGGAGACGGCUUAUUAUUCCUGGCCAGAGGAGGGUAGAGGCCAAGUGAUCCUGGACGAGUCCGGCUACAAGCGAGCAGUCGAGCUUCUGCUGCAUCUGGAGUUCGGCACUCUCGAGCAGGCCAUCACCAGCUCGACUCGCUGGAUUAACGAAGUCAACGUGGGCAAGGACUGGGCCACGACGGUCAUCGGGAUACGUGCGAUACCUGUGCAGCACACUGCCAGAAGUGGAACGGGAACGAUCAAUGACCUAUCGGGAAUGAUCAAGAAGAAACGUCCCGCCACAGAUACCGUUUUAGACACCUCAACAGCACCUGCUUCUUCAGGGGAUGCUAUCAACACUCUCCCGAGUGGUCUGGUCAGGAAGAAAGUCAAGGUAACUACCGAGGCGCCUGUAUCAGCACCGCCGACGAGCGACGCACCACAAGUCAACACCUUGGGAGCAGGUCUUGUGCGAAAGAAGCCAAAAGCAAUUUGA